AUGGCUCACCACGGCCAGUACCACCAUCACAACCACAACCACAACCACAACCACAACCACAGCCACAGCUCCCACCACCAACACCAACACCAACACCAUGGGCAGCCACAGCAGCAGCAGCGGCCCGCCGUGCCCAUCUCCAUCACCAUCUGCGGCGACGGCGGCUGCGGCAAGUCGUCCAUCACGCUGCGCCUCGUGCGCUCGCAGUGGACGUCCGAGUACGACCCCACCAUCGAGGACUCGUACAGCGUCACGCGCCGCAUCGACGGCGCGACGUACCACCUCUCCCUGACGGACACGGCCGGCCAGGAGGAGUACCGCGGCAUGUGGGCCGCCUCCAACCUGGGCGCCGACGCCUUCCUGCUCGUCUACGACAUCACGUCGCGCGACUCCCUGCACGCGCUGCAGUACUUUGACGACCUCAUCGACAUGGAGUCGGAGACGCGCCUCGACAACGCCGAGCGCGCGCGCCGCGCCGGCGUGCCCCCGGCCAGGAUCGCCGCCGGGGGGGGCCUCGGCGCCGGCGGCACGGGCGGUGCGAAGACGGUCCCGCCCGUCAAGAUCGUCGCCGGCAACAAGUGCGACCUCCAGGAGAGCAGGCAAGUGCCCGCCGCGCAGGGGCUCGAGUGGGCCCGCCGCCGCGGCUGCGGCUUCAUGGAGACGAGCGCCCGCCUCGAGGUCAACAUCGAGGAGACGUUUGCCCUCAUCGUCCGCCGCGUUGUCGAGCGCCGCCGCCUCGCCGCCAUGGGCAUCCUCGACAACACCGAGAUGAACGCCCGCGGCAUGACCAAGCCGCUGACGCCGCUGCCCGUGGGUCACGACGAAGACGACGACGACGACGGCGGUAGCGGCGGUGCUGGCGGCGGCGGCGGCGAGAAGCGGGCGCCGCGCAUGCGCGGGCCGAGACUGCACGGGCACCGCCUGAGCCGUGGGCCGGGCGGCUUCUGGAGGAUGCUACGGUGUUGGUGA